UGCAAUUAAAUGUUUACUUUACGUAGCGAGCGUUCUGGGUGAUCUCCCAGCAAUCCGUGCGGCUAGUUGACCCUAGCAACCAAGCGUCGUUAACUGCUUGCAAGUUCAUUGUUAUUAGUAUGCGUCUAGUAUCCACACUGUGUUAUCAUUUCUAACAACAGAGAAGUACGACAGCAGGCUAAACCUAGUAGCUGCGAACUGAAGUGUCUGAUGUUUGACAGUUUUACAAAACAUCAAACUGUUUUUUUUUCUUCAGAAUGGGUCAAGAUUAUUAUGCUGCUUUGGAUAUAAACAGAAGUGCCACCGACGCAGACAUCAAAAAAGCUUACCGAAGACUUGCGUUGAAAUACCAUCCUCACACAAACUGUCAAACGGGUGCCUAUGAAAAGUUCAGUCAGAUUGCUGAGGCAUAUGAUGUUUUGAGUGACCUAAGGAAGAAAGCGACAUACGACAAAUUUGGGGAAGAAGGCCUAAAAGGAGGCAUUCCACCUGAGUGUGGAGGGAAUGGAGCUUGUACCACUGGGUAUUCCUAUCAUGAAAAUCCAGAAAAGGUUUUCAGGGAUUUCUUUGGUGGAGACAACCCUUUCUCAGAUUUUCAUGUUGAGGACAGGAGUGAGGUUAACAUAAGGUUUGGAGGCCUGCAUGGACGGGGGGUGAAGAAGCAAGAUCCCCCAAUUGAGAGAGAUCUGCACCUGGCUCUUGAGGACCUGUUCUUUGGUUGUACCAAGAAGAUCAAAAUAUCUCGACGGGUUAUGAAUGAAGAUGGACAUACCUCCAGUAUCAAGGACAAGAUUCUAACCAUCCAUGUAAAACCGGGCUGGAAGCAAGGGACAAGAAUAACUUUUGAAAAAGAGGGGGACCAGGGACCCAACAGUAUCCCAGCAGACAUUGUUUUCAUUGUACGGGAGAAGAGGCAUGCACGGUUUUCCCGGCAACAGGACAAUUUAAUCUACACGUCCAAUAUCUUCCUGGAGAGGGCUCUGACCGGGUUCUCUGUAGAGGUGGAGACCCUAGAUGGCAGACUGCUCAACAUUCCUAUCAACGACAUUGUGCACCCUAAAUACAGCAAAGUGGUGCCGGGUGAAGGAAUGCCCUUUUCCGACAACCCCAGCCAGAGAGGGGACCUCAUUAUCCAGUUUGACAUCCACUUCCCAGAAAAACUGUCCUCAGAGAAGAAGAGGCUGAUCAAGCAAGCCCUUUCCGUUUGACCUCUCACAUAAAAAGCAAUGUUGUAAUCUAUUAAAUCAUGAUCAUAUUUCCUUAGGCUCCAUCUGAUUGUAACACUUUCUUUUUGGGUACCAAAAUCACUCCAUAUAUCGUAACUUUAGAUUUAACUGAAAUUACUUUUUUCUGAUGGUGGCAGGUUUUCUCUGUGGGUUUGCAACAUUAUAGAAACUCCAAACAGAAAUAAUGCUUUAACAAAUAAUCUUUUAUUGUUGUUAAAGGCUUCUUUAAAAGCAAGACUAGCAUUUAGCCUUGGGCAACACUUCUGUGAAGCAACCAGAGAAAAAAAA